CACGUCAGUGGUGUUUACAGAAUCAGCUGACGCGCCGCUCAGCCGCUGCUGCCGCCGCUGCUGCUGCCGCUGCUGCCGCCCUGGGCCUGGCUCUGGUUUUCUGCCACCCUCAUGCCUUGAGUCUUAUAAGUGCCUGUUCAGUACUCAGCCAGGGUUUGGUGUUUUCCAGUAGCCAGUGCAGCCCUCCCAUGCGCUACAGGUCCCCAGAUGGAGGUGCUGUAUCAUCAGACUAACCGCCUGCUGCAGGAGGUCACGUCCCAGGACCUCAUCAGGGUGCAGCGCGCCCACUCUGCCGAGGAAGCUAAUGGCGCAGAGAACACUGUGGUGCAGAAGCUGGACGCCAUACACGCAAACUGCAAUCGCCUGGACAUCCUGAUCAACAAAGAGCCAGCCGCCAGGAGAGCAAACGCCAAGUAUCGUGUGGACCAGCUCAAGUAUGACCUUAAACAUGUACAGAAUUCCUUUGCAAUGCUUCAACACCAAAAACAAAUGCGAGCACGUGAGGCGGAGGAGAGACAAGCUUUGCUAUCACGGAAAUUCACCACCAAUGAAGACACGUCAAUAUUUCUGGACCCUGAACUCCAGCAUCAUGACAAACUAGGGGAGGCUAAUCGGCAUAUGGACGAAAUGAUUGGAGCUGGUGUGAGCAUCCUGCAGGGCAUCAGGGAUCAGGGGUCGAUGUUAAAGGGAGCCAGGAAGCGCGUGCAGGACUUGGCUAACACCUUGGGCCUGUCCAACACUGUCAUGAGGAUGAUUGAGAGACGGUCCACACAGGAUAAAUACAUUCUGUUUGCCGGAAUGGUUAUUGUGCUUCUUUGUCUGUACUUUGCACUAAGAUACUUAUGAAGACAAAUGAACAGGCCUUGUAUUCAUUCCUUUACUGUAAAAUCUAUACACACUCAUAUUUAUUAUAUACAUGCUCAUAGGACUGAGAUGACAUUUGUUCCUCAACACGUGCUUGCUGUCAUUGUCACAGGUCUUAUUCAUCUCUCAUCAUGCACAUACUGCUCACAGCAAGCAUCUUAAUGACACUUCAGGGUAAAUAUUCUGAGGCAUUAAUAACUGUUAAGAUUAUGAAAGUAUUACAUUUUGCCUUAUGAAAAAAGAGUAUAGGUGGGUAACAUGGGUGCAUUUGUUUUAUUUACACUACUGCAGCAUACACAUUAUCAUGAAAUUUUCUGUUGUUUGUUACUACAUAUUCACAUGAAGUUUCACUAAUGAAUAGAAAGAAAAUGAACAAAUAGUUAUAAACUUUCACUUAUGUUAAAUUAUAUGCUAGAGUAUUUUUAGAAUGGCAAAGAAGAAUUAUUUAUCAAUCAUGUCAUUUCCAGAACACAUUUUGCUAAAUAUACUAUUCACUUUAAU